UAUAAUACACACACCCGGCGCAGUAUAGCAGCGACCCUUUAGACUCGCCAUUUUCAAUAUUUUCUUUCCCAAUUAAGAAAUUAGUCUAUCUCUUGAAAUUUGCGUCAAUUUCAAGUCCGAGCUGCUGAUUCUUCCGAAAACAUGGCGACUAUGGAGAGCUUGAUUGGACUGGUGAACAGAAUUCAGAGGGCGUGCACCUCCCUCGGGGACUACGGCGGUGGAGACCAGGCGUUUUCUUCUCUCUGGGACGCCCUUCCUUCAGUUGCUGUCGUCGGUGGUCAGAGUUCGGGAAAGUCGUCCGUACUGGAGAGCAUCGUAGGGCGUGAUUUUCUUCCCCGAGGCUCAGGAAUUGUUACAAGACGUCCACUGGUGUUGCAACUGCAGAAAAUUGAAGAUGGACAGCAGGAAUAUGCAGAAUUCGGCCAUAUGCCCCGAAGACGAUUCACUGAUUUCUCCCUGGUUCGUAAGGAAAUUCAGGAUGAAACUGAUAGGGUCACAGGAAAAACAAAACAGAUUUCUCCUAUUCCGAUUCACCUAAGCAUCUAUUCUCCUAAUGUUGUCAACUUAACUCUGAUUGAUCUUCCUGGUUUGACAAAAGUUGCUGUUGAGGGUCAACCAGAAACUAUAGUCCAAGAGAUUGAAAGCAUGGUUCGCGCAUAUGUUGAGAAGCCCAACUGCAUCAUACUGGCUAUAUCUCCCGCAAACCAAGAUAUUGCAACAUCGGAUGCUAUAAAACUUGCUAGGGAAGUGGAUCCAACAGGUGACCGCACAUUUGGAGUGUUGACAAAAUUGGAUCUGAUGGAUAGAGGAACUAAUGCACUGGAGGUCCUAGAAGGAAGAUCUUACCGUUUACAACAUCCCUGGGUGGGCAUUGUGAAUCGUUCACAAGCAGAUAUCAACAAAAAUGUCGACAUGAUUGCUGCCAGGCGAAAGGAGCGUGAAUAUUUUUCUACAAGUCCCGACUACGGGCACUUGGCUAGUAAAAUGGGUUCUGAAUAUCUUGCAAAGCUUCUCUCAAGGCACUUGGAAUCUGUAAUUAAGGCAAGAAUACCGAGUAUCACUUCAUUGAUCAACAAAAGCAUUGAUGAACUUGAAUCUGAGCUUGACCACCUUGGAAGGCCUAUUGCUGUGGAUGCAGGGGCACAAUUAUACACCAUCUUGGAACUCUGCCGCGCUUUUGACAAAAUAUUUAAGGAGCAUCUAGAUGGAGGCCGACCGGGAGGUGAUCGAAUUUAUGGAGUAUUCGACAAUCAGCUGCCAGCUGCAUUGAGGAAACUUCCAUUUGAUAGACAUCUUUCAGUGCAAAAUGUGAGAAAAGUUGUUUCAGAGGCUGAUGGUUAUCAGCCACACUUGAUUGCUCCUGAGCAAGGUUACCGGAGGCUCAUUGAGAGUUCAUUGAAUUAUUUUAGGGGGCCUGCUGAAGCGUCUGCUGAUGCUGUUCACUUUGUCCUGAAGGAACUCGUCCGGAAGUCCAUUUCCGAAUGCCAGGAAUUGAAAAGAUUUCCAUCUCUUCAAGCAACCAUAGCUGGAGCAGCAUAUGAAGCUUUGGAAAGGUUCCGUGAUGAGGGCAAGAAAACUGUUGUGAGAAUGGUUGAUAUGGAAUCUUCUUAUCUGACUGUUGAUUUCUUUCGGAGACUUCCUCAAGAAGUUGAGAAAGUAGGAAAUCCUCCCGGGGGAAAUCCACGAGAAAGAGAGAGAGAAAGAGAAAGAGAACACUCAGCAGCUGCCUUAAAUGUCGAUCGUUAUGCAGAGGGCCAUUUUCGCAGGAUCGGCUCAAACGUGUCAUCCUAUAUACAUAUGGUAUCCGAGACACUAAAGAACUCCAUCCCCAAGGCAGUUGUUUACUGCCAAGUUAAAGAGGCAAAGCAGAAUUUGCUUAAUUACUUCUACACCCAAAUUGGCAAGAAAGAGGGCAAGCAACUGUCGGACUUACUGGACGAAGAUCCAGCUUUGAUGGAGAGGAGACAACAAUGUGCCAAGAGGCUUGAACUUUACAAGAAAGCAAGAGAUGAGAUCGACUCCGUGGCAUGGGUACGAUGAUCAUGAUGUGUAAUAUAUAUCUAGGUAGCUAACUCUGUAGCAUGAAUGCCCGAAAAUUUGAUUAUUUUUAUGUUAUGCUGAGUGCACUGCUACUUUCUGGACUCGUUCAAACGUUUAGCUUGAUGUGUCGAGAGGUUUUGUUUGCCAAGUGUAUGUUGUAUAUGAAACUAUAAAAGAUCAAUGUAGCCUGUUGUUUCUUGUCCCAUUA